AUGUUCAGAUUUCCAAAAUGCGUUCUUCAACCAAGAAGCAAAAUUUUAAUUCUAAUACUUUCCACUCUUAUGAUCUCAGUUUCAUCCAGUUUUCAUUGUAGCAGCAAUCCUUGUAUAUAUGGGAUCUGUUUAGACGAUGGCAAUAGUUCCUACUCAUGCUACUGUAUCGAUGGAUACACUGGAUUGCAUUGUGAAAUUAAUUGGGAUGACUGUUGGUCCAAUCCUUGCUUGAAUGGUGGAACAUGUAAUGAUGCUCUUGCAGCCUACAAUUGUUCUUGCACCGAAGGCUUUGUUGGUGUGAACUGUGAACAAAAAUACAGCGAGUGUUUAAACCAGCCAUGUCUCAACAAUGGCACUUGUGUUGACUACAAUGGAUUCACGUGCCAAUGUCCUGAAGGAUAUUCAGGCGAAUAUUGCGAAAUUGAUGUCUCUGUCUGCAAUGACACAAUUUGCAAAAAUGCUGGCGAAUGCAUAGAGGGUCCUGGAUUAUCAUUUUCUUGCCGGUGCAUGGAAGGAUGGACUGGACAAUUCUGUGAAGAAGAUAUUGAUGAAUGUCUUGCAUCCCCUUGUCAGAAUGGUGGACUUUGCAUCAAUCUUCCUGCCACUUACACCUGUGCUUGUUUAUUUGGUUUUACAGGAAAAGAUUGCGACAGAGUGAUAGUUCCCUGCGAGCACAAUCCUUGCCAAAACGAUGCGAUUUGUCUCUUAGAAUACAACCAACCAGUUUGUUAUUGUGUGCCUGAUUAUCAUGGAAUAUUUUGUGAAUUGAAAUAUGAUGACUGCGAAUCAAAAUUUGCAAAAUGCGAAAACGGAGGAACCUGCGUCGAUGGAAUAAAUAAUUUCACCUGUUCAUGUCCAACAGAGUUUGAUGGAGAAAUGUGCAACGAGUAUAUUGGCUUCAGUUCACCAAGUCUCAAUAGUGAAGUUUCGACUGAAUCACUCCAAACUUCAGUCGAAAGUUCAACUUCUACAGAAAAUAAUAAUAUCCAAUCUUCAACUAGUUCGACAUUUACAACAGAUUAUAGUGAAUCUAGAGAAAUUCCUCUGGAGGGUACAAUAUAUCCUAGCACAAACUUGACUACUAUUGAAAGUAGAAUAAAUUCCAGUACUCUUAGUAGUUUAAUUACUAUAGUUGAGAAUUUAACUACAGAAACUGGUAUUUUAAAUUAUACAGCUGAUAGUUUAAAUUCUAGGUCAACAGUUGCAUCACCUACAAAUGCAUCCGCUCUCAAUAGCACAUAUCCAACAACCUUAAGUCUCAGUGAAAAUCAAACCGAACAAGUUUUUCCUGAACUAACAACCGUUUUUGGAAAUUUUUCAACUCAAACUUAUACGACGGAAACUUACGAAGCUCAGAUGUUCAAUGGAAGCAGCACAAUUUUUAUUGAAGAAACCACAUUGCCCUAUGAGAUUCCGAAUGCAUCAACUGAAAUCAGCUUUUCGCCUAAACCAGUACCUACAAGUCCCAGUUUUGAAGCCACAGCUUCAUCUAAUACUUCCAGUUUUAUCACUGAUCAAUGGAAAUUAACAGAAACAUCAGCUGAUAUUACAGAGGAAAUUACUGAAAAUUUCGAAGAUAGAAUUAGUACCAGGAUUCCAAUUUCCUCUCCAGAGACGUCUUCUAGAACGAUGAUUUUAAAACCAGUAUCUGAUACUCCCUUCACUGAUACGACAAUUAGUUUAACUGGUGAUUUUUCUUCAACGCCGAUAAGCCGAGUUACGACGGAGGAAUCAUUGUAUAAAACAAGCUUUUCAACUCAAUUCGAUUUUGAAAGUACAAGUAUACGAGCAACUGAUAGAGAUCUUAUUUACAAUUGUAAUUUUCAACAAUGUGCCAAUACAACUCUUUGUUUACGAAACUUUACAGAGUGCGAUUGUAGUUAUCGAAACAACUGUAAAACAACACCAAGUAUAACGAAUGCUGCAUUUAAUGGAAAAUCUUACAUAAGACAAGAGAUUCUGAUUGGAGAAAAUGGAACUUUACAAAUUUCUCUUAGACUUAAAACAAAAACCAAAAGUGGAAUUCUAGUUCACGCUUUUUUUGACGACGAGAGAUAUGUUUUGUUGUAUAUAGAAAUGGGACAACUGAAAUUCCAGUUUUCCUGUGGUCUUCAAACCAUGCUUUUUGGAGAAAUCGAUUCACCAAUUAAUAAUGGUUUUGAUGUGGACAUUGAAAUGAGAUUUCAGUACAUAAUAGAACACAAGGCAGAUAAAUGUUCAGCCAGAUUGCUAAUAAAUGACACAAUAGCAAUGAGUGGAGAACAAGUUUUACCAUCGCACGCAACUAUGCCUCAAAAUUCAAGACUUCACUUAGGUGGAAUACCUCUUGCAUUUUCUCAUCAUUUUCCGCAAAUUGCAUUAGGAUUUGUGGGCUGCAUGAGUUUACUAAAGAUAAACGACGUUCACAGAAAUUUCGUAUCUGAUUCCCUGGAAGUGUUUCAAAUAGAUGAAUGCAGUUCAUUUUUAUGUUUAACAAACCCUUGUAGAAAUUCAGGCGCCUGUGCGGAAAUAGACGGAAAAGUUCAGUGCAAAUGUCCUCUCGGAUAUUCAGGAAAUCUUUGUGAAAGAUCUGCCUGUGACGAUAAUCCUUGUCAUUUGGGAGCAACCUGCAUAACAUAUCCAGGGACAAGUUUCAUUUGUAUUUGUCCCCUUGGAAUGCAUGGCCUGUUUUGUGAAGCAGAUAUCGCGAUUUUGCAACCAUCCUUUACAGUAUUCAUCCCUGGGUUAUCUUCCUACAUGGCUUAUGGGAUUUCUCCUUCUAUAAAGGAUGGCAUGGAAUUAAAAAUGCGAAUCGCACCUCACACGGUGGAACAAAUUUCACUAAUCGCUUAUUUAGGACAAAGCGGAUCAAGAAGAGACUUGAGCGAUCAUUUUUCGAUAACUUAUGUCCGAGGAUACAUAAUGCUAACAUGGGAUUUAGGUUCUGGAGUUCGUAGAAUAUUUACAAAUACACCAUUAAGUGUUCAAUCUCACAGAGCUCAUACAAUUCGGGCAGGAAGAAAAGGAAGAGAGGCUUGGCUUUCGAUUGACGGAAUGGGAAACGUAACUGGUCGAACUGUCGGUUCCAUGGCACGAUUAAACGUUUCACCAAUUCUUUAUAUUGGAGGUCACAAGUCGAAAAAUUUCGAGACUCUUCCGCACGAUUUGCCUCUUCACACAGGGUUUUCUGGCUGUAUAUAUGAUAUCGAGCUACGCACAGAAGAGACCGUCUUCCCAAUUACGCAAUCAAAUCCCGCAACCGGAAGAGGAAUUAGCGAAUGCCAUCGAAACGAGUGUUCCCACAAUUCAUGUAAAAAUGGUGCUGUUUGUUUAAAUCACGGACCGACAUACAGUUGCAUCUGUAUGAGGGACUGGGAAGGACCCGAUUGUUCGAAAUCUUCAGAAAUCGAUAAAUAACGAUUAAAAACCGUAAAAAAUUUAUUGAAAUCAAUUAGUUAAAUGUAGAAAUGUUUUGUUUUUUAUAUUUAAGGCUGCAUUUUAAAUAAUACUGCACUCGGAUAGUUGGUAAGCGAUUUUAUAUACCUUUACAUUUUA